GAGAUAGGUGACUUUGUAUUGGGGAAGCUGCCAGCCUGUAGACCUGUACUCCUGCUAACUUAGAUAUAUCAGUAUUGUAAACUUUCAGGCAUAGCAUAGAUCAGCCUUGUGGUAACUUGUCUCAUUCUGGGAGUAACUAUGUGGAGAUACAAACCCAGAUUGCAGAGUGGCAACUGGUUAAUACCACAUGGAGCAGAGACGGUUCUCUGAUCAUUUCCGGGUGAGGAUGGACAAGGAGCGGGGUCACAUGACGGAGAGGUUAUUAAAUCUCACCCUGGAGAUCAUCUACCUGCUGACUGGAGAGGAUUAUAUUGUUGUAAAGAAGUCUGUUGAGCGUUUUACGACCAGAGUCUGUCCACGUGUAUCAAGAGACAAUGAGCAGAAGAUCCUGGAAGUCACCAACAAGAUCAUUCAGCUGCUGACUGGAGAGGAGUACUUGGAAGGAUCUAAGAAUUCUCACAAGAAUGUUGUGAUGGAGAAUGACCACAACCUUGGCUCACUGGCUGAGGAAAAUGUUAUUCUUGAGAUGACACUGAGAAAGCAGAGAGCUCUGGAGCAGGCCGUUGGUAGUAAUGAAGACCCCAACGAGGGGGUAAUCCAUGCUGGGGGGUCUGUUAGCUAUAACCAAUCAGAAACGUUUUCCAGUCCUAUGUGUCCACAAGAUUGUAAAGAAGAAGAUCUCAAUAUUACGCAAGAAUACAAGGAGAUAGACUAUUGCGGGCCAGAGACCAAGCAAGCCAAGGAACUGUUUGUAGUGAAGAUUAAGGAGGAGGAUAUUCCUACUUGUACCAGCACAGAUAGUGAAUCAGAUUCCACCAUCUGGAAGUCUGCUGGAGCAAAUGUCAUGUCGGAAGAUGAGAAACUUCCUAAAUGGGACAUGGAUAGCUCGGGAGAGGACAUAAACACCGUGAAGCUUGAAUUCACUGCAAAAGAUGACUCCGAAGAAGAGGAGCCGUUUCUGGUGAGAAUCAAGGAGGAAGAAGUUUCCACAGACAUAGACUCCGCUAAUGAAGCGCAAGAACCAAAGACUAACCAACAUCUUCAAGUGGCUUCCAAACUAGACCAGAUUAAAGUUGUGGUUGCUCCAGACGAGUUUUUUUUGCUCAAGAAUACAGACUCUUCCACUAAAGACGCAGAACACUGUGCUGGGAAAACUGCCCAUGUGCAGGACAAGCCUUUUGUAUGUCCCCAGUGCAGGAAAUGUUUUACCAGCAAAUCCCGCUUAUUGUCCCAUCAGAAAAACCACUCCGCGGAUAAGCCGUUUGCAUGCUCUGAGUGCGGGAAAGGAUUCUCCUGUAAUUCCCAUCUUGUCCGACAUCAACGACUUCACACAGGGGAGAAGCCGUUUGCAUGCUCCGAGUGCGGGAAAUGUUUUACCCAGAGUUCCAAUCUUGCCCUGCAUCAGCGGAUUCACACUGGGGAUAAACCCUUCGCCUGUUCCAUGUGUGAGAAGCGUUUUGUGUGCAACUCGCACUUGGUGAUACACCAGAGGGUCCACACCGGGGAGAAGCCAUUCGCCUGUGGCGACUGCGGCAAAUGUUUUAUCAGCAACACCAUCCUUGUCGCCCAUCAGCGGAUCCAUAAAGGGGAGAAGCCUUUCGCCUGCUCUGUGUGUGGGAGAUGUUUCACGCGUAAAUCUGAUCUGGUCACCCAUGAGCGGAUUCACACUGGGGAGAAACCCUUCUCCUGUCCCGAGUGUGGCAAGUGUUUCACCCAGAGCUCCUGCCUCGUGUCGCACAAGAGGGUGCACAUCGGAGAAAAGCCGUUUGUGUGCCCCGACUGCGGGAAACGCUUUGCCCAGAGGACGGACCUGGAAGCCCACCAGAAGACGCACACAGGGGAGAAAUCUUUUAUAUGUUCUGUCUGUGGCAAAUGCUUCACUCAUUAUAAUGACCUGGUGGUGCACCAAAAGGUUCACCCGCAGUCACCGACACACAGGAUCACUAAUGACCCAUUUUGAAUAGGAGUUAGGUUGUAUUGCUUAGAGGGAAGGUACAAGUCAUUGUGUUUGUGUACAGAGGGUAUAUGUCCUAUGACUGUACCUCUGGGGCUAUUGAGGCCUCUCCUGAGCCUGGGAAUGCCGUCUGCUAAUUAUUGUGAGCUGUUCUCUCACCACUGCUCACCUAGCUUAUUAGAAGAGACUGAAAGGGCCGUCUGCUAACUUGUAAGUAUGUAUAGGUAUCACAGAUUUCAGUUACGCACUGCCUAUAUGAAUGCCCGGUGCAUACUGUAUAUAGGUGUAUUCCCAGUUUCUGCUUUUGGGAAGUGGAUGUGAGCAAACGCUUUGCAGAAUGAGAUCUAAACCAGCAUGAAGGCUAAAGCAAAAAAAUAAAGCACACCCAAAGUCUUACCUGCCAUCACUUCUGGACAACACCCUGGAUUGGUUUAAACUUUUAAAUUUCUUUCCUAAUUCUGAUUCGCCCAGCUCACUCAAUCGGAAGGAGCCAAUGUUUGCAUGACCAUUAUCCGCUUCUUCUUAGUGCGGUGCUCCAUGCAGUUUCCUGUACACAUUGUUUGUUUAUUUUGUAUCUUAAUAAAUUACUUUUUUGUA